UGGGCAUUGGGGUUUUUGCACUCCCUUCUGCACACCAUGUUUACAUUCCGCCUCUCAUUCUGUAAAUCUAAUCGAGUCAACCAGUAUUAUUGUGACAUCCCCCCACUAGUGGCCCUGUCUUGUUCUUCCACGUAUGUGGCAGAAAUGCUUAUUUUAGUAGUAGGAGGCAUCUUAGGGAUCAGCACCUUCCUUAUUACUGGUAUCUCUUAUGUAUACAUAAUAUCCACCAUCCUAAAGAUCCGGUCAGUGGAAGAGAAGCGCAAAGCCUUUUCCACUUGUGCUUCUCACCUCCUUGUAGUUGGUUUGUUCUAUGGCAUUAUGCUGUUUACUUAUGUCCGUCGCUCCAGUCACCACUCCCAAGCUAGAAACCGGUUCAUCUCAAUGUUGAAUGUGGUCAUUACCCCAAUGUUAAACCCCAUUAUCUAUAGCUUGAGAAACUCUGACGUAAAAACAGGUCUUAAAAAGAUUUUAUGCCAUAAAACUAAAACAUAUUUAGAAAAAGCAUGA